UUGAAAUACUUUCUAUUUGAAGGAAUCUGCUGCGAGUUUCUGAAAAAGAAUUUGGGUCCUGUCGAAUUGCCUCGAAGUUCAAGCGACUGCCGAUUCUCAUUCUUGUCAGGAGCUUUUCGCUGCACUGACAUGUACAUCAUCCAGAAUUUCCAGAAAGUUGCUGAGAGCGAGAACUUCAACCUGCUCUCUUUCAAUCGAUUAGCCAAACUAAUUUCAAGUGAAGAGUGGAAUCUACGAUCAGAGGAAAAGGUAUGCGAUCUCAGGGAAGAGGAGCAGACUUGA